AUGACCUCAUUCAGAACAGAAAUGGUGGAAAGAUCGGAGAAAACUGUUAUGGAGUCGUUCGAUGGACUGGAUGAUUUAUUUUCCAAAUUGUCAUUGGAAUCUUUAAAUGCUCCAUUCAAAUCAUCAACACAAGAUACCAAGAGCAAUAAACUAAGACAAGAUGGAAGCUUACUGGAUAAAAAGAAUCCAUUGGAUAUUAAUAAUCAGCCAAUUAAUCAAGAUAGCGUCAAUCAAAGUAAAAAGCAAAACUUGACAAAUCUAGAAGUCAUGUCGCCAUUACAGCAAAAAUGUUUUAUUAAAACGGUUCCUUUUGAAUCAUUCCAAGUUGGAAGCAACAUCAAAAUUGAGGUCUUAGCUGUUAUAAAUCCCAAUUACUUUUUUGUUCGCGAUAGAGCACAAAUGAAUGAAGAAAUGAAGACCAGUUAUCAACAGUUACAAGCUAAAAUGAAGAAACUCUAUCAACAAUUUUUGCCAAGGAAACAGACAUGGUAUUGCGGCGAUAUAGGUGUUGCACGUUUAAAAAUAGAUGGCGAAUGGCAUCGAGUAAUGCUGGAUACUAUAGGAAAAACACACGCUGAAGUACAUUGCAUUGAUACUGGCUACUAUCAACAAGUAUCAUUAAAAGAUUGCUUUCCUUUAUAUUCGUGUCUUGCAAGCCGAAAGGCAAUGGCUGUAGCUUGUAGCUUAGACAACGUGGAUUACUCACCUUGCUUGCAAUACUGGCCGAUGGAUGUUACUCAAUUAUUCUCUUCUUGGUUAAAAAGUCAUCAUGUUACCAUGAAAGUAUCGUCAAGGCAAGAUGAUAUCCAUUUUGUUCAGAUUGAAUUUUACCAGUUAACGGAAUGUUUUCAUGCUAAUACAGAAUUGCUUAAAUGCAAAUGGGCUAUUACAAGGUGCAACCAUUUGCAAAGUCAAUCAGCUCGUCAUCGGAUACAUCACUAUCAACGUAUUCUGCGAGAGUCGCAAGCCUGUUCGGUUCCAUUAAUUUCUAUUCCUCGUAAGAAAUGGAUCGAUGUUUAUGCUACAGCUAUUGUCAGUCCAAGUUUAUUUUGGCUCAAAUUCUCGCAUAAUACUAAAGCUAGCGAUGAUCAUUCGUAUAAACCGCAUGCUAACACUAUUGCUAAGAAAAAUUGUGAAGUUGGCUGCGUUUUUUUAAUUCGUAACAAGAAUGGAACUUAUUUUCGUGGACAACUUAAGUGCUUAUUAAUGUAUGAUUAUGCUUUAGUACAAGAUAUCGAUUCUGCAAUUGUUUCAAAGGUUAUGUUAAAAGGAAAUUUAAUCAAAUUAUCCAAUGCGCAAAAACGAUUACCAGCUACUGCUGUCCAAUGUUACCUCGAUCUUGUCAACGGUGAUCGUGAGAUGAAUUGGAGUAGUUCCAUUCUACAUCAAUUUACGUCAGCUGUAAAUGCAGGCAAAUUAAAGGCUUUAUUCCAUCCUCAAGCUACCGAUAUACAUGGUAUAAAAUUGCAUCAAAUGAAGCAAACGGAUUGCAUCGAUAUUAAUCGGAUAAUAGAACAAGCACUUAUUGAGAAAGAUGCUAUGGAUAUAAGUAACAACGAUGAAAAUUUACCCAUAAUGAAUGAUAAUAUACAUAGUUUGGAUAGUUCAGUUUGCAAUUUAAAGCAACAUACACCCUACCUAGAUACAUUAACCUUAAACAGUUCGAAAUCGAUCGAUUUAACAUCAGCUAAGAAGAUGGGACAGCAUGGAAAUCGGCCGAGUGAUCCUUCAAAAAAACGACUGGAAUGUUUCUCUAGCUUAAAAUCAUCUCCAAUAGCCAAACCGAAGGACAAAUUAUCACGCGAUGUCAAUAAUACAAGUAGUCAGCGGAAUAAAUGUAUGAAGGAUACAUUGGAAAAUGGCAAACAACACUCUAAAAUUUACAGCAAUUAUCCAAAUUCACCAAAUUAUAAUCACUCACAACGACCAUCUGAUCUCAUGAAUUCAUAUACAAGAUUGCCUUCGAUGGAUUAUUCUAUGCCACACAGUAGAUUUACAAAUUGCCACCAAUUAAAUUGGAACGAAUAUUAUUACCAACAUCAUAACGGUUAUCAUUAUCGACCAUUGGAAUAUAAUUAUUCCAGACUAGCAUGUUUAGAGAGACCAGCUCGACAGCCGUAUGCAGGAUAUAGGACUCCAUUGGAUGAAAGAUGUAGCAAUUAUCCCUUGCGACAAGGUAUGGUAAGAGAAUCGAAUAAUUCUGAUUUAAGAUGGAUAACUCCUCCAUACCCGGAAAGUGGUUAUCCAAUGGCAAAUAAUCCACAAUUCCGAUACCAUCGAUUUCAACACCCGAGUCCUCACUGGAUGAUGACCAGGCCUCAUCAGCCUGCCUGGCCUAGACCUCAGUUAGGAAUGCAUCCCCAUUUUCCUCCUAACCCGCCAAGAGCAAGAGAUUUCAGUAGGUAA